AGAUAGUUUCUUGUGAUUCCUCCGUAGCCCCAAAAUUUCUACCAAACCCUAACAUUUCCAAAUCCCCAAAUCAGCUGAUCAAACCCUAAAAUUCACGAUGGGGAAGAACGAAUUCCUGACCCCAAAGGCGAUCGCGAACCGAAUCAAAGCAAAAGGUUUGCAGAAGCUCCGAUGGUACUGCCAGAUGUGCCAGAAGCAAUGCCGGGACGAGAACGGAUUCAAGUGCCAUUGCAUGAGCGAGUCCCACCAGCGCCAGAUGCAGGUCUUCGGCCAGAACCCGACCCGGGUCGUCGACGGAUACUCCGAGGAGUUCGAGACCUCCUUCCUCGAGCACAUGAAGCGUAGCCACCGCUUCAGCCGCAUCGCCGCCACCGUCGUCUACAACGAGUACAUCGCCGACCGCCACCACGUCCACAUGAACUCAACCCAGUGGGCCACCCUCACCGAGUUCAUCAAGCACCUGGGCAAGUUGGGGAAGCUCAAGGUCGAAGAAACCCCCAAGGGUUGGUUCAUCACCUACAUCGAUCGCGAUUCCGAAACCUUGUUUAAGGAGAAGCUGAAGAGUAAGAGGAUUAAGGCCGAUAUCGCCGACGAGGAGAAGCUGGAGAAGGAGAUUCAGCGGCAAAUCGAACGAGCCGAGCAGACGGUCGUCGCCGGGCCCGAUAACGAGGCUGGAGAAAAAGACGAAACCAAAUCAAGAAUCCUGGAGAAGAAUGACGGAGAGGGCGAGAUUAAAAUCAAGAUGAGUUUGGGUAAGAAGAACGCCGAGAUGAUCGAGAAACGAGAAUCUUCGAGGUUGUUGUUUGACGACGAGGAAAAUAGUAAUGGGAAACGGAAAAGGGAAGGCGAGAAUUCGAAUUCAAAUUCGACGAAGAAUGGAUCGGUUCUUGAUGAGAUGAUGAGAGAGGAGGAGAGAUUAAAGGAGAGGAGUAAUCGGAAGGACUAUUGGCUAUUUGAGGGGAUUAUCGUGAAGGUCAUGAGUAAAGGUUUGAUGGGUAAGGGGUAUUACAAGCAGAAGGGGGUUGUGCGGAAAGUGAUCGAUAGGUAUUUAGCGGAGAUUGAGAUGCUCGAGAAUAAGCAUCUUUUGAGAGUCGAUCAGGAGGAAUUGGAGACUGUGCUUCCUCAGAUUGGUGGGCUUGUGAAGAUUGUGAAUGGGGCGUACCGUGGUGAAAAUGCAAAGUUGGUUGCGAUUGAUACGGAUAAGUUUUGUGCUAAGGUGGUGGUCGAGAAGGGGAUAUAUGACGGAAGGGUUUUAAAGGCUGUUGAGUACGAAGAUAUAUGCAAAUUGGCGUAAGGAUGUUUGUGUGAAUCGUUGGUAUUCGUCUAUAUAUAUUUCCUUUAUAUGGUGCUGAUAUCCGGUUUUUUUUGUCGAAUGUUUGUGUUGUAUGAAGUUUUUUAUUGACUGGAUUUGAAAUCUUUCGGUCAAAGUCUUUUUUUUCGAAUGCGAUCUUGAGUAACUUGUUUGAGUUGUAUCGAUAAUUGGUGGUAAUUAGAACAUGCUGGAAUUGUUCUUUGAUAAUUUUAACUUGUUGCUCGACA